AUGCCCUAUUUUCUCCUGGUCCUUCUUUUACUGACCCAAAGUUUCGUUUUGUCACGAUGCCAAACUCAGGUCCAAAAAAGUGUCAACUCCGUCGGCGCAGAAUACGACUACAUUGUGGUAGGAGGUGGCACCAGCGGUCUCGUUGUGGCCAAUCGACUUAGCCAAAAUACAAGCAAGACGGUGCUGGUAAUUGAUUACGGGGACUUUGUCAAUACAGUGAACGUUACCGUUCCGUACUUUACAACACUCGACCAGUCAGCCAACCUCUACAACAUCACCUCUAUUCCACAAGCCCACCUCAGAAACCGUACCUCUCGGCUCCGUAUUGGUGCGACUGUAGGUGGAAGCUCAACUGUGAAUGGUAUGGCCUGGGACCACGGCUCCGUAGCUGAUUACGACGCAUGGGAAGCCCUUGGAAAUCCGGGUUGGGGAUGGGAUAGUUUCAUGAAGUACUUUCGCAAGUCUUCGGCUUUCCUACCCCCUUCUCAGAAGUAUGUCGAUAAGUACAACUACCAAUGGACUCCAGAGGCAUAUGGAGAUGGGCCCGUGAAGAUUGGUUUCCCGUCAUGGCAGUGGCCAGAAGCAGCUUUCCAGGCUCAAGCUUGGGUCGAAAAUCUCAAGGCUCCCGUUUUGAGAGACGGCGCUGAUGGAGACAACGUCGGCAUUGCCUGGCUACCUCAAAACUCGGGGGGCGAGAGUGCAACGCGCUCGACAUCCGAGACCGCAUACUUCAGUCCUAUUAGCGGCCGCCAAAACUUGCACCUCAUCGUGCGCCAUUACGGAGCAGCUAUCAGAUUCGAAGGCAACAAGACAGUCGGCAUCAACAUCAGCAGUCGCGAUAAUAGUUCGGAAACCAAAUUCGUGCGAUCUGAAAACAUCGUCCUGGCUGCAGGCGCUGUCAACACUCCGCGAAUUCUGCAGCUCAGCGGAAUUGGUGCAGAGAAACUGCUGAGCUCCCUCGAUAUUGACAUGGUGGUUGAUUUACCUGGUGUCGGUGCAAACUUUCAUGAUCAUCCAACCAUCUUCAUGGUUUACGACUUCGCAAAUGACACUGCACUCAAUCCGAAUUUGAUGAGCAACGAGAUCUUCUACAAUAGGUCUUGGGCGGAGUACGAGACCAACAGAACUGGGCCACACACCCAUGCCUGGGGAAAUAAAGCCGUGUUCACGUCCCUACAAGAUCUUGACCCGGCCAACUAUCAAUCUAUUGCGGAGGCAGUGAGCAAGCAAGAACCAUUGCAGCAUCUCCCUCAAGUCUACGCCGAGAACCCGGCAUUGGUAAAGGGUUACCUCCAGCAACGAAAAGUGUUAAGGGAGCAUUUCCUCAACCCCAAGGCAGGUAUUGUUGAGUUCGCCUUUGGAGGCUCAGGAACCGUUCCAGUGGCUCUACAAAAGCCCUUGUCAAGAGGCACAAUCAGCAUCAACAGUACCAACCCAGACCCGUCUAUCGCACCUCUGAUCGACUUCAACACGAUCUCUAAUCCAGUCGACUCACUCCUUCUGAUCCGGGCAGUUGCAAAAGCUCGUGCUUUCAUGUCGAGCCCUAGUAUCCAGCCGCUUGGAGCAGUUGAACUGGUGCCAGGCCUAGGCGUGAGUAGUGACGCUCAGAUCGAGGCAGUCAUGAAAGAGUCAUGGCUAGCUUCAAGUCUUGACCAUCCCGCUGGAACGGCGGCGAUGAUGCCUCGGGAGUGGGGCGGUGUUGUAGACAGCAACUUGAAGGUGUACGGAGUUGAGGGACUUUGGGUGGUGGAUGCAAGCAUCAUGCCCAUAUUACCGGCGGCACAUACCCAAGCAACGGUCUAUGCUGCUGCAGAACACGCGGCCGACAUUAUAAGAGGCUGUGAACAGUGA